AUGUCUGACCGAAAAGCUGAACUAGAAAAGAAAAAAGCCAAGCUACAGGCCAUCAGAGAGGAAAAGGAAAGGAGAAGAAGGGAAAAGGAGCAAAGAGAUGCCGAAGAAGCAGCACUUCGUACCCCUAAUCCGGACAAAGAUCAGAAAAAAGUUGAUGAAAUGCUCUCUUCUCUAGGCAUAGCUCCUGUCUCUGAUGUCUUGUCAAGCCUAUCAAGCGUGCCAACCAUUGGGUCAUCAGAUGUUAGUAGUUCUACUGCCACUCCAGACUCUAGUCUCCUGCCCACCCAACCCCAAACAGGGAGAAAGAAGCCUGCUCAGCUUCAGGUUGUUAGUGUCCAGUCGACAAGUAUUCCACCAAAAGAAACUGUAACAUACACCAAACAAACUCAGACUACACACACCAGCAAUGAACGUGAUGGAUACUGUGAGGAUUGGUUUCGUCCGAGAAAAGCCCAGGCAUUCGGUUACUACGACGAGUACAAUCUAAAUCCUGGUUUAGAAUGGGAAGACGAAUUUACAGUUCUGACGUAUGACGAUCCACAAGCGGAGGACGACUCUCUUCCUUCACUUCUUGAUGGAGGUGGUGGAUUUGGAAGCAAGCUGCCGCCUGGAAUCCUUCCACAUGGACUUCCCAAGGUGAAAGAGAUGGAGCCAGCUGUAACAACUGUAGAACCAGAGACUAAAAAAGAUGUCAAAACCAUUCGUGAACUAAGUGAAGAUGAGAAAAUGAUGAUUAUCCUGUCUGAAGACUUUCAGAGAUUUGUUGAUCGUUCUGGGAGAAUAAUGGAAAGAGCACUAUCUGAGGCAGUUGAUAUAUGCACUGAUUAUACAGGCACUGCCGAUGCUGAUGAUGUGGGGGAUGAAAGACUUAAUGGGAAGCUUGUAGUUUCAAGAUGGUUCUCAGAUGAGAGAUGGUCUAAAACCAGGUGUGUUACAUCACUUGAUUGGUCUCCACAAUAUCCAGAGCUACUGGUGGCAUCGUAUCACACUUCUCAUGAAUCAGCUCAUGAUCCCGAUGGAGUCUGUCUUGUCUGGAAUACAAAAUUUAAGAAAACUACUCCCGAAUAUGUUUUUCAUUGUCAGUCUAUUGUCCUUACAGCUACCUUUGCUAAAUUUCAUCCUAAUUUGAUAUUGGGUGGUACAUAUUCUGGCCAAGUUAUGCUCUGGGAUAACAGAGUUCAGAAGAGAACUCCUAUUCAAAGAACUCCUUUAUCGGCAACUGCACACACACAUCCCGUUUAUUGUAUGAGAGUAGUAGGAACCCAGAAUGCUCACAAUCUAAUCAGUAUAUCAACCGAUGGUCGACUGUGCUCCUGGUCUUUGGAUAUGCUUUCUCAACCACAGGAAACAUUGGAAUUACAGCAGAGGCAAAGCAAAGCAAUAGCUGUUACGUCCUUAGAUUUCCCUCAUAACGAUGUUAAUAACUUCGUCUUUGGCAGUGAGGAAGGAACAGUUUAUUCAGCUUGUCGACAUGGAACGAAAGCAGGCGUGACUGACCCUUAUUUAGGACAUCAAGCUCCAGUCACAGAUAUAAAUACUCAUAAAGUGCAAGGUCCAGUAGAUUAUUCACAUCUUUUCCUGACUUCAUCUUUUGAUUGGUCAGUCAAAUUAUGGAAUAUGAAAGAAAGUCGUCCUGUGUAUAGUUGGGAAGAAGGAUGUGAUUAUGUUUAUGGUGUCAGCUGGUCCCCAGUUCAUCCUGCUGUAUUUGCUUCAGUAGAUGGAGAUGGGCGACUGGCUCUAUGGAAUUUGAAUCAAGAUGCUGAAAUUCCAUCUGCAAGUACCGUAGUAGAAGGUGCUCCUGCUCUGAACAGGGUUUCUUUUACACCAACUGGAUCACAUGUCACAGUUGGGGAUGAUUCUGGAAAAAUUUAUUUAUAUGAUGUUGGCGAGCGGUUCUCUCAGCCAAGACAUGACGAAUGGAACAAACUGCUUGUUACUUUGCAAGAAAUGAAAAAUAAUCAAGCAGAUGAAGAAGUCAGCAGCCCUGCAUCUGGACCUAGCAGCCUUUCUUCUUUUGUCUCCAGAUAA